CCAGGGACUGUGAGGUGAGGGAUGCUUCGCCGGGUGCAGGGGAGGCGGCAGGUGGCUGCGGCUCCUCUGCGCCGCCCGCCCCACGCCCCACUCCCCGGAGCCCACCUCUUCCCGCCCGCAGGUGGCGCCCGGGGCUCUCGGGGAGGCGCGCACGCGCCCAAGCGCCGCUUGUUUGGGGGUCGGGAACGCUGCGCCCCUUUCCCUGUGGGAGCCCGCGCUCCAGCCCCUGGUGUGGGGGCGACUCACGGUCCCUACUCGGAACCGUGGGGCAGGGAGACAGCGACUGAGGCGCUCCAGCCGCACCGGGGUCGGGAUCACCAGACGCGCGCCGGCUUGGUCUCCGCCCCUCCUUCUUCCCGGCGCGGUGUCUGCGGAGGAGCAGCGGAGAGAAGGGGGCUGACCCGAAGAGAUGCCGCCAUCCGGCAGGACCCGGAGCGGGAGGCUGGACCUGGACGGUGGCCAGAGGAGGACAAGAGGCUUUCACACAGAACGGAGGUGAUGUGGACGACAGCGGAGACGCAGCCGCACUUGAACAAGCGACCGGGCCCCGGGGACAUGGCGGCAGCCUCUGCACCGUCAGUGUUGCUCGCGGCUGCAAGAAACUGGUGGCGGCACUGCCUGAGCCCGCUGCUGUUGCCAAGAGUCUCACUUCAUCGCCCAGGCUGGAGUGCAGCAGCACUAUCUGAGAUCACUACAAUCUCCGCCACUCAGAUUCAAGCAAUUAUCUUGCCUCAGCCUCCCGAGUAGUAGCUGGGAGUACAGGCGUGUGCUACCAUGCCCAGCUAAUUUUUGUAUUUUUGGUAGAGACCUGGUUUUGCCUUGUUGGCCAGGCUGGUCUCGAACUUCUGACCUCAAGUGAUCCGCCUGCCUCGGCCUUCUAAAGUGCUGGGAUUACAGGCGUGAACCACUUAGCCUGGUCAGUUAUUGUCUCUUUUUAAAGGUUGUGUUGCUUUCUGCCUCAAUAUUAAUAUGUUGGAAAUUACCAAGAAGUUCAUGACAGAUCUAUUUCACAUUCUGGUGAAGAAGGAAGAAUUGGCCCUUGAAGGAGUCAAUGUUUUACAAUAAUUUUGAAAGAGGGUAGUGACAGAAGGAAGAAAACAUUGUCAGGAGGAAAUUCAGAUAAAGGACAAACCAUAUUUUGACUGCUACUGACUUAUUGAACUGGCAGUAGGGGUCAACUUGGGAAGACAGCUGUGACCAUAAAUAUUAAAGAAGACAAAAGGAUUCUUCGUGACACUGAGACCUUCUGCAGUACUACAGUGGGGGAAAUGCCGGUGUACACAGCUGGCCUCAUGUAAUUCCUGGGAUGAGAUCAUUUGGGAUGCAGUGCUGGCUGUUGCUGAGCAGGCGAUCACGGUGCGUACUGUGUUUCUUUCCUUGAGAAUAUUUGAAUCUCGCCUGAGUACUCAUAACAGAUGAGAAACACAGGUUUUGAUAGCAUAGAUUCACACUAUCAUUAGUCAUGAGCUCUUGAGAGCAAAGUAAUUGGUUUUAUCCUCUUUAGAGUUAGACCCUGUGGUUGGGUAUGAAAGAUGAGUGUCUGGAAAAAUCUGUCUUAGAAAUGUAUUUCCAAGACUCUGUCUCAAAAAAAAAAAAAUGAUUUCCUAGUUCUGUAAAAGUCGCUAUAUUGAGUGUUCUCUAUCACUUAAUAAUAUACUUACUUUGUUAUUAAGUGGACUUAAAGAUAUGUGGUGUACAAAAUCAGCUAAUUAUGUUAAACCAUGGUGUCUCCCUUUAUUGUGUUAGGCUGAAUAGAACAAACUUUAAAAUAAUUUUUUAAAGAAAAUAUUUGAAUUCAUUUUGUUUGGUGUUAUGUUUUUAUUCAGAAAAGCAUUUUAUUAGUGCUAGGUAUGAACCGGAGCCUUUUGCUAAAUACCAGCAGCAAUCAUGUCCUAGAGUUAAAUCCCAGAAAAUUUGCCAUAUUGUAUAUUAAAGAUUCAAUAAAUUACAAUAAAGUAUUCUUUCUUUAAA